AUGGGCUACGCCGGCUACGCCCCGGGGCACAGGGUGGCGGAGCAGAAGACCCCGCUCGAGCGCGCGUUGGAUUCGGUGCGGAAUCACGAGACCUUGGACGUCGUGGAGAAGCUCACGAGGAACGUCUGUCGAGAUCCGAACGAUGAAAAGUAUCGACGCAUUCGGUCGAGCAGCGCGACGAUCAAGCGACUGGUGUUCGACGAUGAGAACGCUUUAUCGGUCAUGCUCGCUUUGGGGUGGAGGUUCGAGGAGGGUGAGCGGGAGAUGACGCUCUCGAGGGACGCGCGAACGACCAUGGCGGACGUGAGAGCGAUCGACGCCGCGCGGACGAGUCUGCGAAGAAGAUUGGAGGAAGAGAUGCACGCGAGGAUUCGGGAGAGGGCGAGGGCGAAGGAUCCCGCGGUUCAGGCGCUCAGAGAGCAGAUGGAGGCGGAUCGGGGGGAGCGGAGCGCGCGGGAGCCGGUGACGGAGGGGUCGAGGGCAGUGGAACGCACGAGCGGACGCGUCGUCACGGCGAGCGACGUGGGCGCGAGUGGGUCGAGCGGGUGCUGA